UUAUGCACGUGCUUAAGUGAAAAUCCGGACUGACAAGAUAUGUCAUUAGCUAAAAUAACAUCAUAGUCAAUCUCUAUAUAAAGACGAAGAUAUUCUGCAAUCAAGAAAAAAUGAUGGCUGAUGAAGAAACAACAUUCGUCGAAGGAGAUGACAAAGACGAUCAUUCGGACCACGAUGGGAUGUCAUUCAGUAUGGCUUUAUCGUACGAACCAAUCAAUUAUUCUGUUGAUUACCCAAGUGGUCAGUACUCCAAAUCAAAAGGCUUAAGCAUACGUAUUGAUGAAUCCACUCCCUUAAGAGGUUACAAGCAUGUGUUAUCUGGUAGUAGUAAAAACGAGGGACGUGGAUCCUCGCAUGCGUUUACAGAAACUCAAUCAUUGGCUAAAUUUACCACAAGUAGCUAUUUUGGAUUCAGUGGAGCAGCAUAUGCAACAGCUUAUGAUGCCUAUUUGGUAAAAACAUUCUCAUUGAGUGAAAUCAUUUCACUGGAUAGAUACACACCGACUGUUGUAUCGUUCUUCACGAUUUUUGGAAUGAUCAUUGGUUUGUCAAUAUUUGUCCUGCCAUCGCUCGUAUCGCACUGCGGCUUGUUUUCCGUGCCGUUAAUUGCCACCGUUGGUGCGUUGAGCUGCUAUACAUCUCACUUGGUCCAUCGAUGUCAAUAUCAAACUUCCAAAAAUGGGAUUCGGAAACGCGUGUAUGAAAAUUACAUUGAUUUAGGGAAAUCGUGUAUUAAAUGGAAAGGAGAAACGUUGAUGAAAUUUUUGGUUGGGAGUAGCGUGUUUACAGAUGUUUACAGUUUAGUAUUUUGCUCUCAGAUCUCCAUAGAUUUGCUUAGCAAGUACAUUUCAUUUGAUAAACAACAAUGGAUGCUAAUUUGGGUUGGCUUGGUGUUCCCUUUGUUUUUUAUUAGAAGGAUGUCUAUUCUUGCUUGGUUUGGAUUUAUAGCAUUGUUGUUUUACGUCACAGCCUUAUGUUUUGUGUUUUUACUGUUGAUUUGGCAAAGCAAGCUAUGGUCAUGGGAAAACAUUAACCGAAAAUUUGAUGUUCAAUAUUUUUUUGUUGGAUAUGGAGUUGUAUUAAACACCUACAAUAUGCAUCUUGCCGGUCCAGCCAUAGAAGCUAGUAUGAAAGUACCGAAGCGUUAUCCCGAAUUAAAUGUAAUUUCUUUUAUCUCUAACACGAUUUUAAAGAUAUUUUUAGCUGUGGCUGGUUCUGCAGCAUUUGGUGUAGCAACGCAAGGUUCAUUGUUGACAAACUUGGUACAAUUUGGAGUUUACGCCAGCGUGAUAAAUGUUUUAAUUGGUUUGUAUAUGUAUACACAGUAUCCAACUUCCAUGUUUGUUGUGUUUGAGAUGUUAGAUCUUUAUGUUCUUCCUAAGUUUUUGUUGUUUAAAAAAGGCGAAAAAAGCGAAUGGGGCUGGAUAGUGUUAUCUAGACUGCUGUUGUCUGUGUUUAUUGCAUUCGUUGCAAUUUGUUUACCUAACUUUGAAAUGUUGACUGGCUUCAUUGGAAACAUACGUGGAACAUUAACAAGCAUUAUUCUGCCUGUUUAUUUUUACAUGACAAUCCACAAGAGACGUUUAUCGAAAUGCAGCAUCGUGUUUCACUGGAUGCUGAUUGUAAUUUCCAGCUUGUUCGCCAUUACCGGAGCUACGUUUUCUGUGAUGGGAAUGUUUUCCAACCAGUGAGUUAAUAAUAUUGUUUUCAGAAAAUGAUAAAAGGGAUGUUGAGACGUAUAACAUAUUUUAUUGCAACUAGACAAAUCUUUCUCCUUCAUUGACAAUAGCAUCAUGUUUAUAAUUUAUAUUAACAAAUUGCCACAAUAAUGAUUUUUUUUUGUAGUAAUAUUAUAUAUUUGUAGUAAAAUGCUUAAACGUCUGUGUAAGCAUUACCCGACAUAAAAAACGGUAGAAGGAGAUGUAUAAGCUCACUGAUAAACAAACAAUAGUGUUGACCUGCUUGAUUGUGA